AUAGAACGGCGGCAAUUUCGGUCCUCAAGGUCUCUCUAGAAUAGUUAUAGUAACGUUUUAUGAGGGAGUUGGGUACUAAAUUGUCAUACGAUUCUCAUUUAAUCAACAGUGACGACAAGUUUUCUGAUCGUCAUGCAAAGACCCACUUCAAAUGGCCCUUAAAUCGUCAUAAAUCUGAAGAUGUUAGUACUUCAGGUUCUUUCAUUCAACCUGGGUACAAAUUCAGUUAUGAAACGGACUGUGAUGUCAAACAAAUCGAAUUUACAAAGCCAUCAGAUUUAAUCGCUCUCAAUGGUUUAGAUGGUCAUACACAAACAUUCAAUUUUAGUACAGCUUUUAAUUUUUCCCAAACCAAGUCUGUCGAUCAGGAUGCUAGUAAUAACUACAAAACAAUUUUUACCUACUCGGAUCCUGUUACAAAUAUUAUAGAUUGUCAAUUAGACAUUUUUGAUUUUACGGAUACUGGAUAUUCCAAAAAUGUAAACAAUCGAUUACAUUAUUCAUUCCUUGUCCUAUCAGCUUUAUUAUUGAUUGUAUUCUUUCCAUUCUUGUGUUGGUUUUAUGUGAAGCAUCUUACGAAAAGUGAACGAAUCAUCGUAUUUCGACUCGGGAAACGAAUGAAGUCUAAAGGACCUGGUUGGGUAUUUCUGUUGCCUAUAUGUGAUCGUUACCACUUAAUUACUCUCGAUGAUCAACUAGUAAAAAUUAAACCUGUAUCUGGUGGUACAAAAGAUGAAGCUGUUGUAGAAGUGACAUGCUCAAUAAUAUUUUAUUUAUUAGAAUCGGAUUAUGCAUUUAGUAUAACUAAUAAAAGCCCUUUAGAUAUUGUUACUACACAAACUCAAUUAUGUUUAUUAUCAGCAUUAACUCAUUUAGAAUGGUAUUAUUUAGAACAAGGUAAUGCAAAAAUUGACUUGGCUAAUGAAACAAAAGGCUCAUUAAAUUCUCGUUGUGGUCCAUACGGUAUUCAUGUGAAAGAAGUUACUAUUGAUGGUUUAGUUCUACUCCGUCCGCCACCAUCGCAUAGUUCCAAGUCAAAUAUUGAACUGGUUACUAAACACUUGCAUCAAUUAUCAUGUGUAUUGCUGAAUAGUCGAGGUGAUAAACCGCUAAUAAAACCACCUACUAGUCAAUCGAAAGUAGAACAACAAAUAAUCAAUUUGUCUAAUGGUUCCGAACAAACUAAUUCAACAUCAAUGUCAUGUGAUACCACCGACAUAAUAUCAGACCCAAAAAUAACAACUACCUCAAUAACUAAUGAAUCUAGUUCUGUUGAAACUAAACCACUAAUAAAUAAAGUACAAAAACAGUAUAGUUUUAAGUCGUUAAAUACUCUAUCACAAUUACGCAUUUCACAUAAUUAUCCUGCUUUAUCGAAAGCAAUAACACGUGCUCAAGGUCUACUUAAUAGUAAUAUCGCUUGUCAAGCUCUUGAAUGUGCAUCAUUACAAUUAGUCAUAUCAAUGGAGAACAAAUUUGUCAAAGAUCAUUUGCCAUUGUUGAAUUCAGUGGAAAAUCAAAAUUUUAUUCUACUUUAUUUGGAUGCUGGUACUGGAACUGUCGGUUCAGGUUGUCUACCAGUUGAUAAACAACCAGCAAAUGUUACACUUUUCAUACAUAUUAACGAUUUAACCGAUGUGGUAGAAGGUCGUUUAGAUGUAAUGAAUGCAAUAAAAUCUGACAAAGCUUUCAUGACCGGUUCAUUAUCAGUGUUAUCAAAAAUGCGUCAUUUACUUUAUCUGCCUCCAGUUUGAGAAUAUGAUAAACAUUAGUUACUAUUAGGUCAAAUGAUUGUGCAUUUCUUUUUCGAUCAACAUUUACCCUGACCAAAUAUUUUUCUCUUGGUCGUUUUAAAUUAGUCAACUUUGUUCUUUUCCUUUUUUUAAAAAAAAAUUCAAAUGGUGUGUUUGUCAUUUAUUGUCUUAGUUCGAACCCAACACUCUUUUGCUUCAUACUGAUUCAUAUUCAUUUGUUCUUUAUUGUCCUUAUUUCUUGUCAAAACGAUAUAUACGCCAGUAAUUAUAAUGAAAAAGCAAAACAUUGUAUUGUUUUUCUUAUGUCUCACACCUGAAUGAAGUGCAUUAUGUUAUUGGGUGUUUUAUUUCGUUUCAGUAGUCAAAACGCAUUUCAAUCAUGAACAUUCUCAUCAAUUAUUAGUUGCUUAUUCUAGUCGGCAAUUUUUAUGCGAAUAACAUACACAUAUAUGUAUAUUAAUAUGAUUUUACAUGUAAACUGAUCUCUCAUUAUUAUAGUUAUCUUUGUUGGCAUUAUUGAAUUUCAUACAAUAACAAUUGGAAUAGAAUCAUAAAUAAACUUAUAUGAUUCAUUAACAA